AAACCUCUUAACCUCGCCCUCCCUUAGUUGUUAAUCUUGCCCUCGCCUUAGUUCUUACGCGCUGAGGAUGCGGAAGUGAACAAAACGAAGCCACUGCCCCUCGCGCAACUUCAUCUAGAUUGGAAGGAGGCAGGAGUCUUAAAAUUCAGUUUGACCUCUACUUUCAUUGAGCCCCUGUGUUGGACCCAAUGUCAAGAAUAGCUGACCUAGACCCAAGGAAGGACGGACUUCCAGAUUCUUUUGGAGAAGAAAGUGAUGUUGGGACAGAUUGUUGAAGUGACGGUGUCUUUUAGUGACUGAAUGAGGAAUCUGAGGCCCAGAGAAGCUCGGUGAGUUCCUUAAGGUCAUGAAGCAGGUAAUGGCAGAACCAGGAUGGGCUGUCACCUGAAUUGUUAGACUGUGCCCUUUCAUGUCACAGCUGGUUCAGGAUCACUAAGCAUUUAUGUGCCAAACUCUGCUAAGUGCUGAGGAUACAGAGGUGAACAAUAUGGGUGUGACUGCUGCCUCCACAGGUCUUGUACUCUAGAUUAGAAACAAAUACGUGUUGUGUAGUGAUAAAUGCUGUGAAUGAAAAAUAAGGCAUGCGAGGGGACGGAGUGUUGGGGGAAAUGAUGAGGAAAACCCCUCUGAAGAGGCAGCAUUUUAGAAAAGAGAGAGAUCGAGACUUGUGAACACCUAGGGGAGCAGCAGGAACAAAAGCUGGGUGGGAAUGAGAGGGUGGAUGUUAGAGGAAUAGCAGAGUGUGGCUGGAACUGAAUGUGAGAGGGAAACUUGGAAAGAGGUGAGGUCGGGGAGGCGGGCCUGAGGACUAUAGGCAGGGCUGAAGACUCAGACGCAAAGCGAGGUAGGAAGUAGUCAGAAAGUUCUAAGCAGAAUGGGGUCUGAUGAAAUUUCCCUUUUCUAAAGCCCCCUUCCCCCAACCCCCCCACCGGAGACUUUCCUGAUGGUCAAGUGGUUAGGAUUCUACCCUCUCAAUGCAAGGGGCUAGAGUUUGAUCCCUGGUCAGGGAACUGGAUCCUGCUUGCCACAACUAAGACCCAGCACAGUCAAAUAAAAAAAAAAAAAAAAAAAAAAAUAUAUAUAUAUAUACACACACACACACACAUGUAUACAUCUGUUAAAAAAUAAAACAAAAAGGUCCCUCUGGCUAAUGGUGAAAAUUGAUCAAUAGGUGGAGGAAGAAGGGCUGUGGGGUACCCAGUGAAGGCUGGUGUGGUCCAGGUGUCCAGGAGAGAGGUGACAAGGCUAAAAAGUCUGGGGUGGGGUGUUGGGGAGCAGAAGGCAGUCUUUGCAGCUGCACAAGCGGGUUGGAUGAGAUGGUCUCCUUAGGGCCUUUCCGGCGCUGACAUCUUAUAAUCUGGUCAAAUUACCUCAGCAUACACUGACUAGGUGCAGGGAAGCUCCUGUUUUUCUUUUAUUGCAAUCUCUUAGAUGCUGAGUCUAGACAGAGCCCAGUGAUCUGAGGCUCAGAGCAGAGACUUCUGCCCGCCCCCAUCACUGCCAGUCCCACUCCUAUCCCCACCUCCCAGGGACAGAUGGGUGGGCAGCAGGAGGCAGCUGGGCCUUGAUGCCUGCAGGGCCCCAGGGGAGGGAUUUAUCUGAGCAUUCAUAACCCCUCUCUGCCUUCCAGAUCUUGAGUUAAAAGCCCCAAAUGUCACAGCCCCAAGGGACAAAGGUUGGAGGGUGCCAGAAAAGGGGAAGGACAAGACGCUUUCCUGUUUCUGUCUGUAGUUACCCACGUGGGGGCAGGGACCUCGGGUGCUGAGAACUCCCAGCUCUGGGAGCCGGAAGCCAUUUGAGCUGAGGCUGAAAACUGGUGGCUUUCAGGCUGUGUCUGACCCACUGACCUAUUUAUUUGGCCUGAAAAGCGUUUGAGAAAAAAAUGGAGCCAAGGUUUAAAAAUCAAGAGAUUUCACAAUAAAAUCUGGAUUUCUGGCUUCUCUUGAAUAAUUGGAAAAUGUGACCAUACUGGGCGCCUAUUCCCAUAUGACAGCACUCAGCAGUAGCUGACUAGCAGCUGUCCCCAUUAUUAUUUCAUUUUAUUAAUAGGUAAAUACAUUCACAUGAUUCAAGAAAUUAUAAAUAGUUAUAUAAUAAAGUCUCCCUCCCAUCCUUGUUUCCCUUCUGCCCAAUGCUCCCCAGUAAUCUCAUUUCCUUAUGUAGACUUCCGAAGUUUCCUUAUGCAUAUGCAAACAAUUACAAAUAUAAAUUAUUAGUCCCACUUUUCACCUGUUCUGUCCAUUGCUUUUCCUUAUGAACAUCUCUCUAUAUUAGGAGACAGAGUGCUUAAAAAGCCCCUUUACUGCCAUAUGCCAUUCUGUUGUCAGGAAGUCCACAAUUUAUUUAGUCAGUCACCUACUGAUGGGCAAGUGGGUCAUUCCCAAUUUUUCUUGUUAUAAACAAUGCUGUGUCAAUUAUCUCGUGCAUAAUUUGCACAGGAACUAAGGAAUGGUAUUAGAAACUGGUCCAAGCAGAGGGUGUGGUUGGCACGAACUGAGCUCUUGGCUAAUUGAGGAAAUGUGAUAAAAGCUGUUCCCAAGAGAGAUUCCCAACAAAACCCAGAGUCUAGGUCCUUGGGCACAAAGAAAAAGUUCUUAAAUUUGCUUCUGCCACUUGUUAUAUGUACUUCUCUCUGUGUUUACAGUGUCCCUGUAAAAUGAAAGAACUUAGGGAACUGGGUGAGAUGUCAAAGGACCUACCCACUUCUGACCAGCUUUGGUCCACCUUCUGCCUCCACAUCAGCCAGGCCCAGCCUCACUGUAGCCCUUGAAUGAGCCUGGCUCAGUCCCAUUGGAGAGCCUUUGCCUAAGCUGUUCUGCCUCAGCCCCCAGUGGAACACCACCCCUGUACUUCCUUAUUGGUCUCAGUCUGAAUCCCUGAUCUCUGAUCUCAGGCCACUCAGAACACACUGGUCCAAACUCAUUCAGGGCAGAGUCCCCACUAUAGCGCCACCAACAGGUGAGUCUCUCCCAUCUGACCCACACUCUAGGCACCCCACCUGUUCCUUCCCCUAUGCCACUCCAGGUACCUGAACUAGAGUUCUUGAAUGCCAACUCUGCUACUUCCUAAUUAAUGGUCUUGGGUAAAUGACAGGACCUCCCUGAGUCCCAGUUUCCUCACCCCCUCCAAAAUGGAUGGUCUGAAGAUAACAUGUGGUAAUUUCAGUAGAUUUCUUAACACAGCUUCUGACAUACAGAAGGGUUUAUAGUCACACAGGUCACUGCCCUUUUCUGAAUCAGUUACUUUGUUUAUAAAAUACAGAGAAUAGCAGAACCUAUUUCAUAGGGCUGAUCAUUCAUACUUUCAUUCAAUGAUUUUUACAGAAUAUCUGUUGAAUGCCAGGAACAGUGAUUUGUUAGUGAAGAAAAUAGAUGAAUUAUUCCAACUCUGGUGGGACUCCCAGGCAAUUCCAAACAGGCAGACAUAAAAAGAUAAAUUUCCAGUGCAUUGAUGUUAAGAAGGAAAAGACUAAAGUGUCAUGGAAGCUCAUAACAAGGGAGGGUCAGGGAUAUUUCUCUGAGGGAUAGGGACCAGGGCACAGCUGGGUGGGAGAUUCAGGAGGGUUUCCAGAGGGAGGCAACACCCCAACUAAUGAUGAGCAUUAAUUAUCUUCACCACAGCCCUAGGAGGAAGGCAUUGGUUAUCCCCCAUAUCUAUCAUGUUACUUUCUUUUCUGAAGCUAAGAGAAAUUGAGUGACUUUCCCAAGGUCACAGAACCAGAAAGGAGUGAGAAGGUUUGGAACCAAGGUUUCCUGACUCUAGAGUCUCAGACGCAAAAGUGUGUCUUCUACUGCCUGUUUUAACAGGCUGAUCCUGGAAUGUGGAGAAGCAUGGGAAGUAGAGGGGCUGUCUUCAUUGGGUGGGGCAAAGAACCUGACUUUGUCAGGCCCUAUCAGACACAUGUAGAACUGGCCCAGGGCCACAGUUGGGUCUGGGGUCAGAUCUUCCCUCUGCUCUUGGUUCUGUGCGCCCCAUGAAUCUCCCUACCUAGGGUCGUAGAGGAGAAAGGAAGGAAGAGACACUGCUCUUGUUUAAUCACAUUGGGAUUCUGACUCCCCUCCAGCCCAACCCAUCAAAACUCUCACCAGUCUACACAGGCCCAUGGGGAGAUUGUCAGCUUUGUAUCCAGCUUGGAAAACUCCCUUAAUCCCUAACUCUUCCUUCUCCACAUUCAGCCUUGGACAACAGCUGCCACUCCAACCUCCUGAACAUCGCUGGGACCAAAACAGUCCCUGGACAUGAAAGGGAUGCUGGGCUGAAGGGCUGCAGAUGGCUGGGGCUUCCCAGCCCAAGGCAGCUGUCUUCCCUUCAUCUUCCCUUUCUUGCCACUCUGAAGCAGGGCGAUCCUCAAACCUCCUUUCCUCCCCUCCUCUCUCCUCCCUUUCUCACCUAAUUCUUAUCCUCCCCUUGGAAGGUAGAAAGGUUCUUAGUCUGGAACUGGAUGAUGGCUUUGAAUUUGACUUGGUGUUUACUAACUGUAAGCACUUAGUGUGAUUCCACACACACAAACAACCUUCUCUGUGAGUCAGUUUCUUCAUUUGUAAAAUGGGAGGAAAACAAACACUGCCUCACAAAUUAUAAGGUUAAAGAGUUAGUAAAUGUACAGUGUUUGGAAUGGUCCUGAGCAAAGAGAAACUGCUACAUGAGUCUUUGUAUCAUAGAUACCCUGGUACAUCCAAUCUGAGCAAAGCAGGGUGAGAUGGGCUGGUGAGCUAGGGAUACCCAGGACAUAUGAGGGACCCUUCUUCUCUCCUGGAUUACUGUUACCUCUCUCUCUCUCUGUCUCUGGUCUCUCCAUCCCCAGGCUGCUUCCCUCUAAGCAAUUCUCUCCUCUGGCAGCAAAAUGUUUUUUUCCAAAUACUGAUUUGAUCAUAUUACUUCCCUGCUCAAAUUCUGCAAUGGUUGCCCAUUACUUCUGGCCUUUUAGGAUUGCAUCCCUUGGAACUCUCUAGUCCUCAUCUUUCUUAGCUUUCCACCUCCUUCGAUCUGUGAUCCAGACUUCCUUGAAAACAUGCCCUCCAGUCUCAUGCCUCUAGGCCUUUGCAUUUGCUCUUUCCUCCACCUGGUGUUUCCUCCCAUCCCUUUCCCUCUGAUUUUGCCCCCUUCCCAGCCUCUAUUUAACUAAGGCUGUGGCCAAAUGAAGGCAGUCCCUGAGGGAGGGAUAGGGGAGAGUGGGAAGAGACAGCAAAUCUCAGAGCUGCAGUUUACUCAGCUUCAACGCAGUAAGAAAAAGACAAUAAGAAAAGAGACCUCUCAAGAUCAAAGAAAGGGAUGGAACAAUAUGUGAACACUUUGGAAACUAGGAAGUGGUGUGUGAGCACGGAGUGAUUACUAAUGGGUUAUCGGGGUGCCCGCCUAAAAAGCUCCUUGUUUUCAAAGUCCCUGGUCCCCUACCCUCUUCAGACCCUGACCACCAAAGGUAAACAGAGGAGAUGAAGAGCAAAGGAUGGAGAAAGGACCGGUGAAGAAAAGAGGAACGAAGGAAGUGGAGUGGGGAGGGGGGCCAAGAGGCAGAAAGCAUGUGGCUGGAGCCCCACGCCUCUGAGGAAGGAAGGAGAGGGUGACCUGGGAUGCUCUCCCCACCCCUCCCCCUCUUCAUUCCCCGGAGGUCUGCCCCCGUCCAGCCACAGCCCAGGCGGGGUGGGGGAAGGCAGGGGCGGCGCCGAGGGGAAUGAAUAAUUGAAGUAUUAGGGAGGAGGAAGAAGAAGAGGAAGAAGAAGAGGAGGCGGGAGCCGCCUGCACAGAGUCCUCCCCAAUCCGCACCCCACCCCCCCUCCGCCGCCCGGAAGUCGCUCCCCGCCUCCUGCUCCGCCAACAUGGCCGCGAAGUCGGAUGGAGCGGUGGCCGCGGCCGGCCCGGGGCCGGAGGAGGCGGCCGGAGGAGCCCGGGGCAGUGCAGGAGGGCGCGGGGAGGCGUCAGAGGUAGCCGGGGGGCCCGGGGUGACGGGGGCUGGGGGCCCGGGGCCGCGCUACGAGCUGCGGGACUGCUGCUGGGUGCUGUGCGCGCUGCUCGUGUUCUUCUCCGACGGCGCCACGGACCUGUGGCUGGCGGCCUCCUAUUACCUGGAGGGUCAGCACACCUACUUCGGCCUCACGUUGCUGUUUGUGCUCCUGCCCUCGCUUGUCGUGCAACUGCUCAGCUUUCGCUGGUUCGUCUACGACUAUACGGAGCCCGCGGGGGCCCCGGGACCCGCCGUCAGCACCAAGGACAGCGGUGCCGGCGGGCCGGUCAUCAGCACCAAGGACAGCGCCAUCGCCUUUCGGACCAAAGAAGGCAGUCCUGAGCUGGGCUCCCGACCCGCGCCCUCCUCGGCCAGCACCUACCGCCGCCGUUGCUGCCGCCUCUGCAUCUGGCUGCUGCAGACCCUCGUCCACCUCCUGCAGCUCGGCCAGGUCUGGAGGUACCUGCGCGCCAUGUACCUGGGGCUGCAGAGCCGCUGGCGCGGGGAGCGGCUGCGGCGCCACUUCUACUGGCGGAUGCUGUUCGAGAGCGCCGACGUGAGCAUGCUGCGCCUGCUGGAGACCUUCCUGCGCAGCGCGCCGCAGCUCGUGCUGCAGCUCAGCCUGGUGGUGCACGAAGGCGGCGCGCCCAAACUGCUGCCCGCCCUCUCCAUCUCCGCCUCACUCGUGUCCCUGGCCUGGACGCUGGCCUCCUACCAGAAGGUGCUGCGGGACUCACGGGACGACAAGCAGCCGCUGUCCUACAAGGGCGCCGUGGCCCAGGUGCUGUGGCACCUGUUUGCCAUCGCGGCCCGCAGUCUGGCCUUCGCGCUUUUCGCCAGUGUCUACAAGCUCUACUUUGGCAUUUUCAUCGUGGCCCACUGGUGUGUCAUGACCUUCUGGGUCAUCCAGGGUGAGACGGACUUCUGCAUGUCCAAGUGGGAAGAGAUCAUCUACAACAUGGUAGUGGGCAUCAUCUACAUCUUCUGCUGGUUCAAUGUCAAGGAGGGCCGCAGCCGCCACCGCGUGACCCUCUACUACUGCAUCGUUCUGCUGGAGAACGCCGCGCUCACCGGCUUCUGGUACUCCAGCCGCAACUUCUCCACUGACUUCCACUCGCUCAUUCUGGUCUGUGUGGUGGCCUCCAGCUUCGCGCUGGGCGUAUUCUUCAUGUGUGUCUACUAUUGUCUCUUGCACCCCAACGGGCCCAUGCUGAGUCCCCAGGCCCCCGGCUGCAUCUUCCCUAAGGCCCCAGGGCCCUGUGGCCCACCAGCCGACGCUGUCACAAGUCCCCCAAGGUCCCUGCCCAGGACUACAGGCCCUGAGCGGGAUGGGGCCUCCGUGGGAGGCGAGCGUGCGGGGACUCCCACGCCACCUGUCUUCCAGGUGCGGCCUGGCUUGCCUCCCACACCUGUGGCCCGCACCUUGCGGACAGAGGGGCCUGUCAUUCGGAUUGACCUGCCUCGGAAGAAGUACCCCGCCUGGGAUGCUCAUUUUAUUGACCGCCGGCUCCGGAAGACCAUCCUGGCGCUGGAGUACUCCUCACCCACAACGCCCCGCCUGCAGUACCGAAGCGUCGGGACCUCCCAGGAGCUGCUGGAGUACGAGACCACGGUGUAGGCCAGAGUUUCCCCGUGAAAAGGGAUGAACUUUGGCUGACCCCACAUCGACCACAGUGUUGAGCCCAGAAUUGCAGGGCCACCAGGCUGAGGGCGAGUGGAUCUGUUGGUCCAAGAGUAGAGCAGCCCCCAUCAUGGGGUUCUUUCUUGGGAGGGGACAGCCUUGUGGAGCCCCAGCCCUCGGCCCUGUUUUCAACCCUGCGGCCCAUUUCCUAAACUCUUUGGAACCAGGGCCCAGGGAACCAACUGGUGCUACGCUCCUCUUGAGCUGCCCCACUUUCAUGGAGGCCUCUGUAUCACGGCUGGUGCCAGGGGCCCCACACCCUCUCCCUGUCUGGAGUUGCCCAGCUGGCAGCCCUGGCAGAUCUGGCAGAGGAGGGAGUUCAUGACCUAGGCCCUAUGCUCUUCAGGGGGUGUGGGGGUGGGCUGCCUCUGAGAAGGAUGGAAGAGGCCAUCGAAGAUGUGGGGUGAGGUGGGAGCGUCUGGUGAACAAGGUUGGU